GGUGGUGUUAGAAACUAUAAACAUGUGGACUAAAAUCGUUCCUGGUGUAGUUGUGUUAUUGGUGUUGUGUAAAUUCCGUCUAUCUUUUGGGGAUGAUUUCCCCUCGCUAAUUUCGACCAAUGCAUCGAUAGCGGUGAUUUUGGAUCGCGAAUAUCUGGACAAAGAAUACGAAGAACUUUUGGAGGGCACAAAACGACUCUUCGAGAGGAUUCUCCGUGACAAUUUCAAAAAUGGUGGUCUUAUAGUGAAGUACUUUUCAUGGACUAGCAUUAAUUUGAAAAGAGAUUUUACUGCAGUACUUUCGAUAGCUAGUUGUGAAAACACGUGGGAUGUGUAUCGAAAUGCAGCGCGAGAAAACUUGGUCAUCAUGAGCCUUACGGAUACCGACUGUCCGCGGUUACCGGUUGAUAAUGCAAUUAUGAUUCCGAGAUCUAUCCCAUCUUCAGGCAAUUUUGAAGAGUUACCGCAAGUUAUAAUGGAUAUGAAGACGAUGAAAUCAUUCAGUUGGAAAGCAGCGGUUCUUUUGUAUGAUGAUAGUUUUGAUCGCGAUAUGAUAGCACGGAGUGUUGCGGCCCUUUCCAAGGAAUCCGAUGGAGUGCAGCCACUCUCGCUGUCACUGUUCCUUAUCGAAAGCCACACGCACAUGUGGGAGAAGCGGAAAACCAUCCGGAAGGUGCUCAUGAGUUUGCCAACGCAGUACAUCGGGACCAAUUUCAUCGCCAUUGUUAGCACACCGACUAUGGAGUUGGUAAUGGAAAUAGCAAAGGACCUUAAUAUGGUGAACCCCAAAUCUCAGUGGUUGUACGUUGUGUCGGAAACGACUGCCGCGAGUAACAACAUUUCCGCGGUUCACCAAAUUAUUUCCGAAGGCGACAAUAUCGCGUUUGUUUACAAUCUUAGAAGGGAUGCACAGUCUUGUGAGUCUCACAUGUUAUGCUAUAUAGAAGCCCUAAUCACCUCGCUGGUACAUGGAUUAUCCCAACUGAUAAGGGAAGAGAAAGCCGUUUACGGACAAAUUGCUGACGAAGAGUGGGAAGAUAUCCGAAUAACGAAAGUUGAGCGGAAAAAUGAAAUUUUGAAAAUAAUGAAAAAAGAUUUGCUCGAUAAAGAUAGGUGUAACGAAUGCUCCAGAUGGAAGGCGGAAGCAGGCGAAACUUGGGGUAACACGUAUCAACUACCCACAGACGCUCUCACAUCCGAUACAGCAAUCACGCAUAAAAGAAACAUUAAGCUGCUGGACGUUGGCUACUGGACGCCCCAAGAUGGGUUCAUUGCGAAGGAUUUUCUCUUCCCACAUAUCGAAAAUGGCUUCCGAGGAGCACACUUCAACUUUUAUACCUAUCAUAAUCCACCGUGGCAAUUUGUGUCCUACAAUGAAAGUGGUCAGCCGUUCCUUUCCCAUGGAGUCAUUCUGGAUAUUAUCAGCGAGCUGUCGAAAAAGUUGAACUUUACGUUCACAGUUAUUAUCGCGCAAGUAAAUUCGGAUGUGUUUGUCAAUUUAACCGAUGACGGAAACAAUACGAUCAGUAAAGACGUUCACUCGUUGACAACUGAUAUUCCGUCGGAUAUUAUGACGACGCUAUUUGAAAAUAAGAUAUUGCUGGCUGCCGUUGGAACAACGAUCAGUGAAAAACAGAAAAAGUUCAUAAAUUUUACCAAACCCAUCAGUAUUCAAACUUAUAGUUUCAUAGUGUCGAGACCAAAAGAACUGAGUCGAGUUUUCCUAUUUCUCUCGCCAUUUACAUUUGAUACUUGGUUGUGUCUGACAGCCACGGUAUUACUGAUGGCACCAGUUCUGUACAUCGUGAAUCGAGUGACUCCUUUUUAUGAGCACCAUGGAAAAUCUAACACGACUGGACUUGGAAAGAUGAAUAACUGCUUCUGGUACGUCUAUGGAGCGUUGCUGCAGCAAGGUGGUCUCUAUUUACCGAACGCUGACAGUGGUCGAAUUAUAAUCGGAACUUGGUGGUUAGUUGUCCUUGUGAUCGUCACCACGUAUUGCGGUAAUUUGGUCGCCUUCUUGACCUUCCCGAAGAUAGCCAUCCCGAUCACAACGAUAUCCCAGUUGGUUAGAAACGAACAAGGGAUAACGUGGAGCAUCCGCAAAGGUACCUUUUUGGAACAGUUUUUGCGGGAAACGGACGACCCAAAGUACAUUAAGCUGCGAAAUGGGGCCAACUUCAUCGGUACGGAGAACGACGCGAUCAUUCGAUCGAUACACGAGGGACACCACGUGCACAUCGACUGGCGGACGAAUCUGAAGUAUCUUAUGAAACGGGAGUUUUUGAAAAGUGAUCGGUGUGAUUUCGUUCUCAGUAUGGACGAGUUUUUGGACGAACAAAUUGCGCUGGCAAUGCCGAAAGCUAGUCCCUAUAUUGAGGUCAUAAACGAUGAGAUAACUAAAAUGCACCAGUUUGGGUUCAUCGAGAGGUGGCUGGGAAACUAUUUACCCCGACAGGAUAAGUGUUCGAAGGUUCGGAAGAAUACGGAAGUGGAGAAUCAUACGGUGAAUAAUGACGAUAUGACAGGGUCGUAUUACGUACUGCUUAUUGGUUUCUCACUGGGAAUAUUUAUGUUCUUGUUGGAGUACGGGUGGCGAUUGUUCCAGAAAUAUCGAAAAGAUAAAUUACAGCCAUUUACUAAUUGAUCACAACAGGAUGUUGGAGAUGGACGGAGAAAUUGGCGUCAGAUAUUUGAUGGGCGAAAAAUGGGAUAUCUCCAUGUGAGUCUGCUAAUGAUUGUGGCUGUUUUCUAUGGCAAAAUGUUCUUGGUAGCAAUAUUGAGGAAGUAAACGCAAUCUGAUCGCAAAAGUAAUAUAAUAUUAUUAACCAUGGUAAAGUUAAAUAUAGUUAUCAACACCUAUCGAAUAACAGGCGACCUUACGAUAUAGAUGCACAAGUUCAUGGUUCAGUGAUGGCCCCAGUAAUAAUCGCUAUUUUAAACCACCCGAUAACUGGUGAUAACUCUCUAAAGUCAGAGACCAGUACUACUAGUAAACAUCAAUCACCGCAAAGUGAAGACAAAGAAAAGAAGAGACAAAAACAAGCACAAACAUGAGACAAGAAGUAGCCCUCGGCGAUAGACAAAAACAUGAUUGGCAGGGAAUAAGCCGAGGAACCGAGACGACAGUCGGGAAUUAUUUCGAAGACGAACAUUAUGAGUAACACAUACACAGUGCUGGGGCAAGCGGCGUCUGAGACAGAAAUAUCAUCAAGAAAAUCUAUUGUUUUUAAUGAGCAAGUAGAAUUCCGCGAGACUAUUUUUGUAACUCGCAAUAAGCAUAUCGCUCGUAGAGCUCGUAGAGAU